AUGUCGUCCUCGAUCGCCAUUCCGAAGCGCAAGAAGAGCAGUGGGGCGGGCAACAGCGUCGACAGUCCGGAGAGUAGCUCCUCGCUCUCCUCGUCCGUGCUGGGCCGCUCGCCUGUCGUCUCGCCUUCCACGUCCGCGCCCUCACACCACCACCAGUACCGCUCCGAGCGCCGCCAAAGCCUGCUGAGCUCGUCCAUCUCCAAGUCUGAGCACACGGUCAUCAAUGUCGGGCAUCCGGAUGCGCCGCGGCUGAUUACCUGCGUCAGGUCAUCGCAAGGCUUCGAUUGGAACCAAGACAUCUUUCUGCCCUCCUACGCCGAUUACGAGUCUUCAGAGCUCGAGCGCCGCCAGGACCCCGUCCAGGACAUCAUUCUCACAGAUGAGGAGGUCGCUUCCAUGUUCCCGUCCUCGUCGUAA